AUGUACAUCCACUUCCUGGUGGUUCAGACCAAACAGAAGAACAUCAAGUAUGAUGGAGGAGCUGAGAUAGACCCGCACUGGAGUCCAGAGAGCAGGAAGAUGAUCGAGUCUCUGGGAAAACUGCUGGAGACUCUCAGUCUGUCAGGCUGUCUGAUCUCAGAGGAAGGCUGUUCUUCUCUGGUCUCAGCUCUGAGCUCCAACCCCUCCCAUCUGAGAGAGCUGGACCUGAGCUACAAUCAUCCAGGAGACUCAGGAUUGAAGCUACUGUCAGCGGGACUGAAGGAUACUCUCUGGAGACUGGAAACUCUCAGGGUGGAGCCUGCUGGAGUCAGAUAUUUGAGACCAGGUCUGAGGAAGUAUUCCUGUGAACUCACACCCAACACAAACACAGCACACAGAAACCUUAAAGUGUCCAACAACAACAGGACGGUGACACAUGUGAAGGAGGAGCAGCCAUAUCCUGAUCAUCCAGAGAGGUUUGACUACUUGCAGCUGCUGUGUAGAGAUGGUCUGACUGGUCGCUGUUACUGGGAGGUCGAAAGGAGAGGAUGGGUUGAUAUAUCAGUGAGUUACAGAGGAAUCACUACAAAAGGAGGCAGUGGUGACUGUUGGUUUGGAGGUAAUCAGUCCUGGAGUCUGAGGUGCUCUGAUGCCGGUUACUUUUUCGGGCACAAUAAGAGACAAACACCCACCUCCACCUCCAAUAUCCCUGGUAGAGUAGCAGUGUAUCUGGACUGUCCUGCUGGCUCUCUGUCCUUCUACAGAGUCUCCUCUGACUCACUGAUCCAACUCCACACCUUCAACACCACAUUCACUGAACCUCUCUAUCCUGGGUUCGGGUUCUGGUGUACUGCUCCUGGUUCCUCUGUGUUUCUGUGUCGUGUGUAGGACGGAGAGUCUCCUCCUGUAUCAGUUGAGUCUGUACAGCAGGGACAUCACUAGGAUUGAAAGACA